UCCUGCUGCUGCUGUGGGACACGGGACAGAGACAGGGAGGGCUGCUCGAGUGUGGAACCCCAGAAGAAGCACCUUCAAAACAUCUUCUGGAAGCUUCUGCUCGUUUUUUUUAUCCUCCUCUCUUUCCGUGACUCACUCGUCGUUCCUUGGAGGUGAUGAACUUUGCCCUGGGCCUCAAACCUCCAUCAGCCGGCAGCUCUGGGCCCGGCAGCAGCCGAGGAGGAGGAGGACGUCGAGGAGGACCUGCCAUGGAGAACCUAGAGAAGCAGCUGAUCUGCCCCGUCUGCCUGGAGAUGUUCUCCAAACCCGUGGUCAUCCUGCCGUGUCAGCACAACCUGUGCCGCAAGUGUGCCAACGACAUCUUCCAGUCCGCGAACCCUCUGUGGCAGACGCGCGGCUCCACCAGCAUCGCCGCCAGCGGAGGUCGUUUCCGCUGUCCCUCGUGUCGCCACGAGGUGGCGCUGGACAGACACGGAGUGUACGGUCUGCAGAGGAACCUGCUGGUGGAGAACAUCAUCGACAUCUACAGGCAGCAGGAGACCUCCAGACUUGUAAACAUGAAGCCAGAGCAGCAUCAUCAUCAUCAUCAGCAGCAGCAGCAGAAGUUGACGUGUGAGGAGCACGAAGAGGAGAAGAUCAACAUCUACUGUCUGUCGUGUGAGACGCCGACCUGCUCCAUGUGCAAAGUGUUUGGACGACACAAAGACUGCGACGUGGAGCCGCUCAGCAGCGUCUACGCAAGACAGAAGACGGAGUUGAGCGAUGGAAUCGCGAUGUUGGUCGCCAGUAACGACCACAUCCAGGCCGUAAUCUGUCAGAUGGAAGAGAUGUGUCAGGCGUUAAAGGACAACGGCGAGCGGCAGCGAGAGAAGCUUGGCGACUGUUUCCAAACGUUGGCGGCCAUCUUGGAGGAGCGGAAGCAGGAGCUGGUGGCUCUGAUCUCCAGGCAACAGGACGACAAGCUCAGGCACGUCCGCGCCCUCAUCCGUUGCCACGGCGACCACCUGGAGGCCGCGGUCACGCUGGUCGAGUCAGCCAUACAGUGCAUGGAGGAGCGGCACAUGCCCGUGUUUGUACAGAGCGCUAAAGACAUACUGGAGAAGAUGACAGUGAUGGCGAGGACCUCGAACAUCGAGCGUCCGUCGGUCAGUUACGAGAACAUGAGUCACUUUGGCGUGGACAUUGAGGAUGUGGCCGACAUGUUGAGCAACAUCGACUUCUGCUCUGGUGUGGGAGACGAUGAUGAUGAUGAUGAUGAUGAUGAAGAUUCUGAGUCCGACCUCGACGUGGGCUUCAGAUAUUAAGACCAAACAAAGGUCCCUGGGACACGUGGACACAGAGAAAGA